AUGUCUCCCUUGAGUCUUUCAGUCAUCGCCCUGAUCGACGAAAGCCACCGUUGGAGUUGCGUAUAUCGAAAUUUUUUAUUUUUUCUCCAUCUUCUCUCUCUCUCUCUCUCCAUCUCUCUCUCUCUCUAUCUAUCUAUCUAUCUAUCUAUCUAUCUAUCUAUCUAUCAGUCUCAUCCAUUAUUAUCUAUCUAUCUAUCUAUCUAUCUAUCUAUCUAUCAGUAUCAUUAUCUAUCUAUCUAUCUAUCUAUCUCAUCAAUCUAUCUAUCUCAUCUAUCUAUCUAUCUAUCUAUCUAUCUAUCUAUCUAUCAUCUAUCUAUCUAUUAUCAAUUGUCUGUUCAUUAUCUAUUCAUCUAUUAUUAUCUAUCUUCUAUCUUUAUCUAUCUCAGUCAAUUCAUUAAAUCUAUCUAUCUAUCUAUCCAUAUCUAUCUCUUACAAUUGGAAAGUUUUUGUUCGCUUUACAUGACAAAAUGA